GAAGACAUAAACUGGCAUAAUGACGUUCGCACCGUAUCAAGCAGCUCCGCCAGACCUUCUUCGCGCUCAAUCCUUCCCCCCGGAGCCUGUACCCGGCCUCGCUCCCUCAGCGAACAUAGGUUAUGGUGGACAAACAGCUGGCGAAAGGGUCAAUGCGUAUGAGACGGCUUUGCCAAUACGACUGGAUAUCUUGAGCGCCCUCUGUUACCUCUUCCCUCCAGUGACCGGGGUGGCAAUCUUGCUACUGGAGUACAGCAACGACUAUGUAAGAUUCCAUGCAUAUCAAAGUGCAAUGGUGGGAUUUGCAAUCCUGGCCUUACACUUCUUCUUCUCAUUUUCGUCGUUCUUGUCCUAUACCAUCCUAGCUUUGAACAUCGGCGCUCUUGCCUUCCUAGGGUAUCGAGCAUACUCGGAUUCUGAGACGUUGGAAAGAUACGAAGUACCCGCAAUUGGGACCCUUGCCAACCAAUGGCUUGAAACGGAAUAACACCCUCCUAGUGGUUAAUAUUGUUGGCGACUUGUAGUUCUAAGAAGUCCAGGAAAGUCAAAUCUGGGAAGCGAACAUCUUGUGAUUCCUGUGUCGGUUGUAUUUUCACGCGAACCCACUGUUGUCGUUUACGGGAAUAGGCUGGAGCAAAAAAACUUUACAUGCA